UCAUCAUUAAAUAAUCAAAACAAUGGACGAACUUCCACCUGGUUAUCACAGAGAAGAAUUGAAUCGAUGUGUUUGGGAAGUUCCUCAAAGAUAUACAGACCUAAACACUAUUGGUACUGGAGCUUAUGGACAAGUGUGUUCUGCAACUGACAGUACUUUUGGCAAAGAAAUAGCGAUAAAGAAAUUAUCACGACCUUUCCAGUCAGUUAUGCACGCUAAAAGAGCUUAUCGUGAAAUGCGUUUGUUAAAACACAUGCGUCAUGAAAACGUUAUUUCCUUGUUGGACACGUUUACACCGCAAAACGAUAUCAAUAAUUUUCAAGAUGUGUAUUUAGUAACACCCCUCAUGGGAGCAGAUUUAAAUAACAUUGUCAAAGUUCAAACUUUAUCCGAUGAGCAUGUUCAAUUCCUAGUUUAUCAACUUCUGCGUGGAUUAAAGUACAUACAUUCUGCUGGUAUUAUACACAGGGAUCUAAAACCAAGCAAUGUUGCUGUAAAUGAAAAUUGUGAAUUAAAGAUUUUGGAUUUUGGAUUAGCUCGAAUAUCAGACGAUUCUAUGACAGGAUAUGUUGCUACGCGAUGGUACAGGGCGCCUGAAAUCAUGCUAAACUGGAUGCAGUACAACUCACAAGUUGACAUUUGGUCGGUUGGUUGCAUUAUGGCAGAACUUUUAACAGGAAAAACAUUAUUUCCAGGAAAUGAUCAUAUUGAUCAGUUAUUCAAGAUAAUGGAAGUCGUGGGCAAGCCAACAGAGUAUUUUUUGCAAAAAAUUAAAAGCUCAAAUGCACGUACAUACAUUUUGUCAAUGCCAUCUUGCGAGAAACAAGAUUUUAAUGUCAUAUUUCCAAAUGCAACUCCAUUAGCGAAAGAUAUUAUGCAAAAAAUGUUAUUGUUGGAUCCAGAAGAAAGGCUACCAGCGCAGCAGUGUCUCGAACAUCCAUAUUUUGCUGCAUACCAUGAUCCUGAUGAUGAGCCUGAUGCAUCUCCAUUUGAGGAAGGUUAUGCAAGCGAGACCAGUGAAGUCACCAUUGAAUCAUUAAAGGAAAUGAUGUUUCGUGAAAUCAAACAGUUUGUUUAUACUCCUUCACCAGAAGAUAUGAUGUAAAUGUUACAAAGAAGAAAUAAAGUGAGGGGCACAACCAUGUUACAUAUGCUGGAAAGAAUUCUUUAAACAUUAUUUUGUGGUUGACCUUUCUACUAUAACUGUCAAGAUAAAAAAAUUAUCUACUCUUGCCUUGCUUAUAAGAAGAAUGUAUUUCUUUAUAAUAAACUUUCCAAAUCUCAUUUCGAUUUUUGUCUCUGUAUGCAUUUUCACUGUUAUUUUUAUUAUACUUUUUUUUUAAUCUUGUAUAUACUGAAGAAUGCAAAAGAAAAAAAAUCUGUUUUCA